UCUGUUUCCUUUUGUAAAGUCUUCAUGAUUUAUCCUAUCAACUAGUUUGAUUCAUCAAUGAUGUCUUUUGAAACUAGCGAUGGUAUCAAGUCUGAACCUUCUACCUCCACAUCUCAAUGGUUACAACCACCAUGCCGUAAAUUCAAACUGCAUGAAAUUCUUUCAGCAACGGAAAACUUCAACGAAUCAUUUGUGAUUGGUAGUGGGGGCUUUGGAAAAGUGUACAAAGGGAAAGUUAUCGUCGGAACUAGUCAUGUUGUCGCUGCUAUUAAACGGUUAGAUCUGAUGUCAGAUCAAGGAGCAACAGAGUUCUGGGCUGAGGUCGAGAUGCUUUCUAAGUUGCGUCACUCUCAUCUAGUGUCUUUGAUUGGUUAUUGUAACUAUGAACAGGAAAUGAUCCUUGUAUACGAGUAUAUGCAGAACGGAACCCUUGAAGAUCAUCUCCAUAAACCACUCCGCACCCAUCUUUCUUGGGUUGAGCGGCUAAAGAUUUGCAUAGGUGCAGCUCGUGGGCUAGACUACCUCCAUACUGGAACUGGUAUUGAGUUUGGUGUUAUACACCGAGAUGUCAAAAGUUCAAAUAUUUUGUUAAACGAAAACUGGGCAGCUAAAAUUUCCGAUUUUGGGUUGUCCAAAAUAGGCCCAACGAAUCAGCCACGCACUUAUGUCAACACUCUUGUAAAAGGUACUUUCGGGUAUCUUGAUCCUAACUAUUUCGCAACCGGACAGUUGACAAGGAAGUCUGAUGUGUACGCUUUUGGGGUGGUAUUGCUUGAAAUGUUGUGUCAGAAGCGGCCAGUGGAUAGGAGUCUUGAAUUUGGUUUAGCUACAUGGGCACAAGACUCGGUCAAAGAAGGUAACUUAAAGAAUAUAAUUGAUUCUGGUAUAAGGGGUGAAAUAUCCCCAAAAUGUUUGAAGGGGUUUGCAAAAAUUGCCAUAAGAUGCUUAGAAAGUCAUCCAAAGCAUCGGCCUACAAUGACCGAGGUUAUAUUCAGUCUCGAAUCUAUACUUACCUUGCAGUUGCAAAGUCCAGGCAAGUCGAUAUUUACUAAAAUGAUUUAUGUGUUUCCCUUCAACUCCGCUGCUGAAAACCCAGAUCCAUCACUCAUCAAGAACACUACUUCAAAGGCAACAAUAGGAUCAAAUAAUGACGCAGCAAGUGACGUUAACACAGUGGAUCCACAUGGCUCGAUAGUGCCACAUCCAAAUCUUCGGGUAUUUAGCUUUGCUGAACUAAAAGUUGCUACUAGAAAUUUUCAAAAUGUUACAGUUUUAGGUGAAGGUGGAUUUGGAAAGGUUUAUAAAGCUUGGAUUAAAGACAAGCCGAAUUCCAGUUCCAAACAGAAUGUAGUUGCUGUGAAAAAGAGGGAUUCUAACAGCCUUCAAGGAUUGAAAGAAUGGCAGUCGGAGGUGGACUUUCUAGGAAGGCUUUUUCAUCCGAAUCUUGUGAAACUAUUGGGAUAUUGUCAUGAGGAGACGGAGUUGCUACUUGUAUACGAGUUCAUGCAAAAAGGAAACUUCGCAAACCAUUUAUUUCGAAGAGGUUCUAAUGUUCAACCACUUCCAUGGGAUAUUCGGCUCAAGAUUUUAAUAGGAGCAGCUCAGGGACUAGCAUUCUUGCACAGUUCUGAGAACCAUGUAAUUUACAGAGAUUUCAAGGCGUCACACAUAUUGCUAGAUGGGUCUUACAAUGCAAAGAUAUCUGAUUUUGGGCUUGCAAAACUUGGUCCCUCGGAUAGUCAAUCACACGUUACAACACGUGUUAUGGGAACUUAUGGCUAUGCUGCUCCUGAGUAUGUUUCUACAGGGCAUUUGUAUGUGAAGAGUGACGUCUAUGGUUUUGGAAUUGUGUUAGUUGAAAUGUUAACAGGAAUGCGAGCACUUGACACUCAGCGGCCAGCUGCCCAACAAAAUCUGGGCGAUUGGGUCAAACCAUACCUAGCUGACCGAAGGAAGUUAAAGACCAUAAUGGACUCACGACUCGAAGGAAGAUACCCGUCAAAGGCUGCAGGCCAAAUCGCUCAGUUAGCCCUCACAUGUCUUGGACCCGAACCAAAAUCCCGCCCAUCCAUGAAAGAAGUGGUGAAAAAGCUCAAACAAGUCUAUGCCAUAAGUGAAACGCCAAAGGUACUCUAGAGUACACAAUUCUGUCCAUUAAUUACUAUAUCAACACUCACAACCAUGAACCACCUUCACAUCAUCGACGUUCUCCACAAUCUCAUGCCACACCAGAAGAGAACCGAGGAAGUCGCCGGUCACCAAAAGGGUGGUUAAAUUACAAUUUUACCCAUGUGGAAUUAAAGUCUCAGGUGUUAUUAUAUAGGUUAUUUUAUACGCUUAAUUUAUGACCAAGUACAUUGUGUGUAAAACUUUCAAAGAGCUUAUAGCAGUUUGAUGUUGUUUUUGUUUGAGUUUUACAAUUAUUGCUAAAUAAUACAAU